CAGAUUUACCGAGAACAAAAAGCACUUUAUAUACUUAUCACUGCUCACUCACCACCACCACAACCACCGCUGUACUCACUAGAGAGAGAGAGAGAGAGAGAGAGAGAGAGCGGAGGAGAGAGAGUGAGAGAAUGGAGAAAGCUCUAACAAAAGUGAACAGCUUGAAAGUUGGGAGCUUGUGGAUCUCGAAGAAGGCCAAGGAAGAAUUCUCCAACAUCUCCGACGACCUCUCUACAUUCUCGAAUACCGUCGAGGAGAAGGCAAAAUGGGUUUUCAACAAACUAAAAGGAAAGCCGCCGAAAAGCUUGCCAGAUCUCCUUCGAGAGUACAACUUGCCACCGGGGCUGUUUCCGCAGAACAUAACCUGUUAUGAGUUUGACGAAACAAAAUCCAAGCUCAUUGUGUAUUUGCCAUCAGCAUGUGAAGUUAGCUUCAAGGAUUCCUCUGUUAUGAGGUACGCGACCCGGGUAAAGGCCAUUCUUCUAAGGGGAAAGCUCACAGGGAUAGAGGGAAUGAAGACAAAGGUUCUGGUAUGGGUUAAGGUCACUUGUGUAUUGGUUGAAAGUUCCAAGUCCGAUAAGGUGUGGUUUACAGCUGGUGUUAAGAAGUCGAGACCAAAGGACGUCUACAUAACACCGCGUGACUCCGUGAAAGUUGAAGAAUUCUGAGUUUAGAGUAAAAUCGGCAUUUCUAUCGCCAUUUGUGGGAAGAAGAUCUGAAUUCUUGCUAGCUGUUUACUUAAUAGGCAUUUCUAUGACUGCUUCUUUUUUGACAAUGUCAAAUGCAGUGCACUGUUAUGUGGUUACUGAAAAUUUCACCAUCCUUUUGGCUAUUGGAUGAAUGCAAUUGCUUCCGUUUUCUGUU